GCCCCUGUAAAGUGAGAGGAAGCAGCUGGCGUUAUUCGAACCGGAUGAAGUGUGAAGGGAACAUCUCAGCCCUGAAGGACUCUCGUUUUUAAUCCAUGCAGCCUUUUCCCGAAGAACAAGAUGUUUAAUCUCUGUGGUUUGGUGGCGUUGCUGUGCCUUCAUCAAAGAACGGCCUGCGCUGCCAUUGAUUGGUUCCAGGUGGAGGUGGACUAUGGGGAGCCUGCUUUGUUGCACUGUAACGGCUCAGCCCUGACAGAAGAGGAGGGGGCGGUGUAUUGGGAGUCAAGAGGGGAGGAUGUGGCAGUCCUACGAGAAGGGAAGCCAUGGGUUUCAGAACGUUUUAAGGACCGGAUUCAGCUGCCGGCAGAUGAGCAGAUCAGGGAGGGUAACUGGUCCUUGGUCCUCAGACAGACAAAGCUCAGAGAUGCUGACGUGUAUGAGUGCCUCUUGCAAGAAACAAAACCCAUAUCAACUGUCUGGCUCUCAGUCAAUGAGCCCGUUGUCCGCCAAGUCAUCGCUAUACCUGAGAAUUAUUCUGCACGGCUAUCAUGCUUUAUUAAGCCCGAGAGAGAACCGCUUCGGAGUAUUUCUUGGACGUUGAAUGGCAAAGUGUUUUUUCACCGCAAUAUGACUUCAGGCUUUGCAGUGAAUGAGCAGGAUGGUUUUUUACACAGAGUGUCUGAAGAAGAGUUUUAUCUACAUAUCCAACCACCUGUGAGUCAAAAUGGGACGUACCAGUGUUGGUAUACAACGGGGGAAUCUGGUUCUCCUAAGCUUGGAAUCCCAGAAAGUUACCUAAUUAGCGUUAUUCCUGCUUUUGACGCGGUCGCAGACGCAGAGGAGACAAGCACAGACGACUUGAUGGGACCUGUCACGCUCUGGACAGAGGAGGUGACUACUGCUGGAACUCUGGAAACAUCUACUGAUCAUCUUCAUUUGGGACUGUCCACCCAGACAGUGAACGUUAUGGAGCCUGGUGAGACAUCCACUGUAACAGAACAGAUCAGGACAUCCCAUGAAGGGGUCUUACUCCUUUCAGAUGAGGUGAAGACCGUCGAAGCCACUGGACUCCCCACUGGGUUUCCACCAGUUCGUCUGGAAAAAUCCACUCAACGGAGCCAAGAUGGAGGUAAUCUACUUCCCGAGGAUUUCACCGGCGCACCGCAGACAGAGGUCCUCACGGAAAAAGAGACGGUUUCGGAUAACGACAACUUGGAUACAACCUGGAAUGUUUUCCAGCUUGAGACUUUCCCAUGGAUCCGGGUUGGACUCAUUGGUGGCGUGUUGCUGAUCACAGCCGUGGUUCUGUGUGUUCUCAGAGCUCUGGGGCACAUUUAACAGGAGGAGGAGGAGGAGAAACGGAUCCCCCUGAAUGUUCAGUUGGGUUAGGGGCUAGUUAGUGGAACAGCAGCACGUAGAGAACAUGGUUAGCGUGGAAAAUGGAUCUCCAUGGGAGUAGUUGGGACCUGCAGAAAUGGUUGUGUGGAAUUUUUGAAUUGACAUUGCACUGUCUUUGUAUGUGAGCCAGUGAAUCGAAAAUCUGGAGUUUCCAGUUUUGGACUGAGCUGCACAUUCACACAUGUACACAAAAUUCUUCUAGCAAGCUGGUGAUGCAGCAGCUUUACACUAAAGAGAGCGGAGAAGCCCCAGGUGAUGUUGAACAUCUGGAGGACAUUGGGGCUUAUUAA